ACCCAAUUUUCCCCCCAGAAUACCAUCACACUAUUGCGAUUCAGCUCUGUAGCUGUAACUAGCCCAUGGCCAUUAAACAGCGACUGGGCAAAAAGAAGGCGGCUGCCGGCAGGGUGUCGAGCUCUGACGAGGCCGCAAGCAGCGCCAUGCCUCCCUCUGACGAGAAGGCGUUGACGGGACGCACUCCUGAUGGAACUGCGUUUGCGGUGCCCAAGACAAGCGACAUGCUGCAAUCGCUGUUCAACCCGUUCACGCCCAAGACGACGUUUGACCUGUUCACGCUGCUGAUCCUGAGCACGCACCUGCUGGUGUUUGUUGCGUUCCCGCUGGCAGCUAAGCGCAGGAUCCUGGUGGCAGCGUUUGCAUUCUGGCGGCUGUGUUAUAAUGGCGGCCUGGGGUGGAUUCUGAACUGGCAGAGCAGCCGGCAUGGGCUGGUGGCUCUGUUCAAGCGCAACGGGUGGUUGGACGCGAGCCGCGGCGGCAACAUGUAUGUCUGGCUCAAGGCGGAGCUGGAGGCCAAGAUGGGUGCCGACUAUUCGUUCGAGAAAGUUCCCCUCGAGUUCAAUGUCUGGCUGCUGUACCGGCAGCUGGUGGAUCUGAUUCUGCUGAACGACUUUAUGGCGUACUUUUUCCUGUGCGCAUGCUACAUUGGCUCGGCCAACGACUCAGAGACGUGGCAGACGGUCCUGCGUGUUGUGGGCGGACUGAUUCUGCUGGCAUUCAACCUGUGGGUGAAGGUCGAUGCGCACCGGGUGGUCAAGGACUACGCAUGGUACUGGGGCGACUUCUUCUUCCUAGUGGAGCAGUCGCUGACGUUCGACGGAGUGUUUGAGAUGGCGCCGCACCCGAUGUACUCGAUCGGGUACGCCGGGUACUACGGCGGGUCGCUGAUCACAGGCAGCUACACGAUCUUCUACGCGAGCCUGGCUGCGCACAUGCUGCAGUUCCUGUUCCUGUCGUUUGUCGAGAACCCGCACAUCGAGAAGACGUACGAGCGGGCGCCGCUGGCAAUCCAGGUGCUGCAGAAGUCGCGGUCGCGCAAGGUGUCGCUGGACAGCGAGGGCAGCCCGGUGGCCACGGCACUUACAGUGGAUGCCCAGCGGUCGAUCCGCGAGCGGCCAGCGAGCCUGUGGCAUCCCGAGCUGAUCUUCUUUAAGAACUUGGAUCUGUUCCGGGCGUCUGACAUCCUGACGGUGCUGCUGCUGGCGUACUCGGUGGGCGUGCCACUGCUGUUCCUGUAUCUGACUGGCUACACCAGCACGCUGUUGGUGUAUUCGUCGCUGCAGUGCCUGUGGUGGAUUCUGUUCCGCACACUGGUGCUGGGCGUGCUGCUGCGCAAGCAGAGUGCCGACCAGUUCAUCACGCGGUGGUUCAUCAAGCACGGCGGCAACAGCGAGGAGGCGUUCUCGAGCUGGCGCGCAGUGUAUAACUCGGCGACUAUUAUGAUUUACGGGUCGUUUGCGCUAGUGGCAGUGGCCGGCUACCACUGGGGCGAUGCUGACUACAGCGACCUGGUGCUGUUCCACACGCUGGGCCUGCUGCUGAUUGCCUUCCAUGUGUGGAGCUCGCGGUCCGUGUACGACACGCUGGGCGACUUUGGGUGGUUCUACGGUGACUUUUUCGCGCGCAGCCCGGCGGUGGUCUCGCUGGCGCCGGCUGACAUCAAGCUGUACUACACGGGCAUCUACCGCUACCUGAACAACCCCGAGAAGGUCAUCGGCCAGGCGGCAUUCUACGGAUUGGCGCUGAUUUCGCGCAGCUGGACGGUGUUCGCUUUGGCGCUGUUUUUCCAGUGCGGGACCUUUUUGUUCGGUGCCUACGUCGAGACCCCGCACAUGGAGAAGGUCUAUGGCACGCAAAUCCACCGCGACUCUGGUAUUGUGCGCACCGUCAAGAAGGCUGUCAACAAGGGCAUCGGCCAGCCGGUGUUUACUGAUGACAAGCCCGUGCCAGCUGCCAGCGGCUCGGACGACGCCGGCUCAGGCAGCAUUGCUGAGCUGCUGACCAUGCGCCCAGUGAAGGAGAUCCUGCAGGACACACGCGGGCUGCUGUCGACGACCACGGCGCGGCUGGCUGAGCGCGCGCUGCCCUCGGAGCUCUCGAAACUCGACCACCUGGACUCGUACAGCAUCAAACUGCAGCCGGGCGCAGCCGGCAAGGCCAGCAAGGCAUCGCGCAAUGAGUACUAUCUAGGCGAGCCGAUCCGCAUUGCGUGGACAGCGCCGCGUAGCCAUUCGCGCCGCGACUGGGUUGGCAUCUAUCCUGUCACCGCCAACUUCUCCAGCCAGAUCACCACCGCCAGCUCGCGCGGCCGCUACGUGUACAUCCACCCGGACGAGAACCUGCUGGCUGAGAAGGUGCCCGGCGAUAGCGUGUUUACCGGCCACGUACGCAGUACCAUACGGCCGGCAAAGCGCAAUGCUCCUACGGUUGAGGUUCUGCAGGGCGAGGCUGUGUUUAGCAGCGCGGCACUGCCGUUCCGCGUGGGUGCCUACGAAAUGCGUCUGCAUCACGGCGGCACUCAUGCUGUUAUUGCGCAGUCAAAGCCCUUUGAGAUCACCGUGUGCGAGAGCUCCGAAAUCACCUCUGUCUUUGAGCUUCAAGUCCCACCAGCCACCAACGGCGAUAUCCCACCGCUUGCUGAGAACAUUGAUGAGCUCUCGCUGGCGCUGAUGACGAUUGUGAACAAGACCUUGGCUGUGACCGACUCGCGGCCCGAGCCAAAGGACGGCGACGUGGUGGUUAGGACCGAGAUUGUCGAGCCGCUGGUGUCGGUGCUCGACCCGUUUGCUGUUGACCGUGUGCUGGACGAGCGCCAGGCAAAGCGCCUGGGGUAUGCGAUCAAGGAGUACUUUGGCGUUGAGUUCUCGCCGGAUGUGCUGAUACAUGCCGCCAAGCAUGAGGCCACUGUGCAGGAUGUCGCCAGGCGUAUUGUCGAGGCUCGCCGUGCACUGUCCGAGUACUCAUCGCUUAACUUUAAGGUUUAGAUGGGCCUUUUAUUAUGGCAGAAUAAACGGCAGCUAUCCGCUUUGGUCGAUGCAGUUGCCUUUUGAUCUAGUCUAUUACGCAUAAGGACCGAAAAUGUUUUUAUCCGUUGGUUAACAGAGAUGAU